AACCAGCAGCCCGUGAAGGAGCGGAGCGUUCCCAUUCGCUCAAACCUUUCCCCACACGCCAUGCAUUUAAUUCCAUCUAAACGGAAAAUCAAAUUUCCAAACAACAAUAAAUUUCAGCUCAAAAGAUCUACUAAUAAAUUUGAAGCUAAAUUUAUUAAUUAAAUUUUGGCAAAAAAAGAGAAUAAUCACACCCUAUGAAACCUGUCGGCGUUGGCGGAGGCAUCUAUAAAUACACCCCAAAACCCUAUUCCCCCUUCUCGGAACUCAGAAAAAAUGGUUCUCGAAAACCUCUCCGACGACGGCGCCGCCGCGCACGCGAAGCAGCGUCCGCAGUUCCGCGGAGUGCGGAAGCGGCCGUGGGGGAGGUACGCUGCGGAGAUUCGCGAUCCGUGGAAGAAGACGCGGAAGUGGCUCGGCACCUUCGACACGGCGGAGGAGGCGGCGCUCGCCUACGACGAGGCCGCCAGGAGCCUCCGCGGCCCCAAGGCCAAGACGAACUUCGUGUACGGCGAGGCUCUGCCGCCGCCGAACUUCAACGCCUCCUUCUGGCGGUCGCCGCGGUUCUUCCGUUCCACCGGCGAUGCGACGGCGCCGCCGCGAUCGGAGUACAAGGGUUACAAGAUGGAGGAGGUCGGCGCGGUGGUGAUAAGCGAGAAGGAGAAGAGAAUUAGGAGCGAGAAGAAGCCGUUUCUGUUUGACUUGAAUCUUCCGGCGCCGCUGUUUUGAUCGCCGCCGGCAUAAUAAUGCUGUAUUAAUUUUGAUGUUUUGAUCGCCGCCGUCGGCGGUGUAGCUCGGUAAAAAUAUCGGCGGUUAAAAACGUUUUGACUGGGUCUAAUUAUGCUUUUUGUCCUGUAUUGGCUGCUGACGUAAUAUUGCUGCUGUAUGUACAGAUUUAGGAAAGUGUGAUCCCACGAUGGAUUUUUCGGAUGUAUUUUAGCUAUGAUGAUAAUUCAACUAUAUUUUUGUACUA